UUGACCGAAGAAAUCUAAACAUGGCAGCAACGUGUGAAUCUGAUAACUUGUACUUAGGAUUUGAUUUUAGCACUCAGCAGAUCAAAGUUUUAGCUAUAAAUGAAAAUCUUGACGUUGUCUAUGAGAAACAUGUCCAGUUUGAUACAGAUUUGUCUGAAUAUAACACUCAUGGUGGAGUCCACAUUCAUGAAGAUAACAUAACAAUCACAACACCCACAAGAAUGUGGGUUAAAGCCUUUGAUGUCUUAUUGGACCGUAUGAAAGCUGACAACUUUAAAUUUCAAAAUGUUAGAGCUCUUUCUGGUGCAGGUCAACAACAUGGGAGUGUUUAUUGGAAGAAAGGAUCCAGAGACAUUUUGAAAAAUUGUCAGCCGGAUAGAUCUUUAUAUGAUCAGUUGCAGGAUUGUUUCAGUGUCAAAGAUUCUCCAGUCUGGAUGGACUCCAGUACUAAAUCUCAGUGUGCUGAGCUGGAAGAGAAGAUUGGGGGUGCACUGACACUUGCUCAAGUGACUGGAUCCAAGGCUUAUGAAAGAUUCACAGGAGUCCAAAUCAUGAAGAUAUUUCAGACUAAUAGAGAAUCUUAUGACAACACUGAGAGAAUUUCAUUAGUGAGCAGUUUUGCAGCAAGUUUGUUUCUUGGAGACUAUGCUCCAAUUGAUCACAGUGAUGGAACUGGAAUGAACUUACUUGAUAUAUGGACACGUAGUUGGUCGGAAAAAUGUUUAGAGAUUUGUGGCUCAGAUCUAGCUUCCAAGCUUGGUGAACCAGUCCAUUCUUCACAAAAUAUUGGAACUGUGUCUAACUUUUUAGUUUCAAGGUAUGGCUUUAAUCCUGAGUGCAUUGUGGCUGCAUUUGUGGGAGACAACCCUGCUUCACUUGCUGGAUUAGCCCCAGAACAAGAUGAUGUUAUUGUCAGUUUGGGUACAAGCGAUACAGUCUUUCUGUGGCUCUCUCACCCCACGCCAGGACUGUCUGGACACAUCUUUGCCAACCCACUUAACAAAAAGGACUUUAUGUCUCUCACUUGCUUUAAAAAUGGAUCACUUACUAGAGAAAGAAUUAGAGAUCAAUAUGCUGGAGGAUCAUGGGAAAUUUUUAGUGAAAUCUUACAAAAAACAUCACAAGGCAAUAAUGGAAAUUUAGGUAUUUAUUUUGACAUUAUGGAGAUACAACCCACUGCUCAAGGUAUAUUUAGGUUUGACUCUGAGGGAAAAGAGGUUGCCAUGUUUCCACCAGAAAUUGAAGUUCGAGCAGUCAUUGAAGGCCAGUUUGUUGCAAGGAGAGUUUAUGCUGAAAAGGUUGGCUGUCAUCUAGGCCCCAGUACCAGAAUCAUAGCCACAGGUGGAGGAUCUAAAAAUAAAGAAAUUCUGCAGGUUCUUGCAGAUGUAUUUAACUCCCCUGUGUAUGUUAAAGAUGUCCCAAACUCGGCCUGCUUGGGUUGUGCACUGAGGGCUAAACAUACUUCUCUAGGGCCAGAUGUUUCAUUCUCAGAAGUAGCUAAAGAAACCCAACCACCACUGUUGAUUGCUUCCCCUGAUUGUAGCAGUGAUAUCUAUCUGAGCUUGUGUGAACGCUACACAGACUUUGAAAGAAAACUACAAGCCAAUCAAAUCCUAGGAAGUAAAUCCUAAACGUUCCACUUUUUUUUUUCUGACAAAUUUUCAAGACUUGCUCAAUUUACAUUGUGCUUCAAAUCUGUUUUGUUGUGUUUUUUUUUCCAAAGAAACAUUUUUAUUUUAAAAGAAUACUUUUAAUAGAUAUAUCCAUAUUUUAAUUAUACACUGUGGAUUUUUAAACUCAUUAGCAAGUUACAUUAAUAGAAGUAUUAUGAAGUUACAUUAUUAUAGACUAAGAAUUAUUUAAAUUAAUACAGGUAUUUGCUGUCUUGCAUAGCAUUUUUUUUAAUCAAAACUUUUCUUAAAUGUUAAUGUUAGGUAGUCCUACUGUGUAGUGUAGUUGAGUCCACUAUCAUCAUAUUGAUCACAAUAAGUGGAAUUAAUUUUUGUCUUCUAAGCUGUAUACAGUUGUUUGGUAAAUUAAGUAUACAUUGUAUGAAAAAGUAUGAAAACCUGCAUUUUCAAAUCCACAAUAAGAAGACCAAAGAAUUUGACAAAGAUCCUCAUUUUUCUUCUACAGUGUCUGUUAAUGAUAAUUGUUGUUUUUUUGUUGUUAGGUUUGAAUGUGUGAUGUUAGUGGUUUCAACAGUCCUGCAGGGGCAGCCUAAAUAUUUGUGAAAAUCAAAGCUAAUAUCAACUCACUCUGUCUGGCAAAAGUUGUACAUAAUUUCUUCCACACCCAAUCUCGGAUUAAGCUGAAAUUUUGCAGUUAUUUCUUUUACAAGACAACACAAAAAUAAAUAAAAAAUUAACCAAUUAGUUAAUUUACCAUUGGUAAUUAAUUAUUUCAUUUGGUAUCUUGAACAUGAGAAAGAAAUCAUACUUGACAUGUGGUGGUAUAAGUUGUAUUAGUCCCCUUGAUGACUCUCGAACACUUAGAGAACAUUUCUUAUAAUGUAUUUAAAAAGAUGAUCAUGUAAACAUUUACCAAGAUACUCCCUUCCCCAACUGGUCCAGAUAAGUGAUAGAAUCAUAGCACAUUGAGAAAACUGAAAACAAAAACUGCUGGUAAAAAAUAUUCUAAUCACUCAGAUUUAUAUAUCUAGGUCAAUCAUAUAAAUAAUUACAUGACUGAUCCAAACUAAUUGAUACAAUUACACCUAUAUAAGCUUUGUUCUUUUUUAUUUAAAAUACUUUUUAAACAUGUUUUUCUUGUUUCCUAAUUAUAUUUGAAAAGAAGCACUUACAUUUGUAAAUUAAAAGUUGAUCUAUUCUUACUGCUUUAAUGUGGUUGAAUAUAUUUAUGAUAAACUAACCCAUUUUAAAUCUCAGUACCGGUAUAUCAAUAUUAUAAUUUACAUUUUAUUUUACUCAUUUGAUGAAGCUUUAAUGUCUUACUGCCAUGUGAUCCAGCAGUAAAUUUGAUUUUACUAGCUGUGAAUGUGAUAGCAUUUGUAUUUAUUUAUCAAUGUUGCUUAAAAUAAUUGAAAUCCCCACCCCCUCUUUGAUGAUUUGAUUUUUUAAUCUUGUUUUACCCAUUGCUAGUCUUUGUAUUCUUGAAAUAUUUAAACAGAAACUAGAAUAAAAUAUUUUGUUUUCA